GCAAAUCAAAAGAAUGAGAUUUUCCACGUUUUUUUUCUUCAUUAUUUUAUUUAGUUGGCCAAAAAGUAGAAAAAACGUAAUCCUUACAGGAUCCUUGUGCAAAAUGAAGCCGGCUGCUAUUGAUAAAGAAAUAUGAUAAAAUUGAAAUAUUGCGGAUGAUAGUGGGGGACUUCCUCUUAAAAAAUUGGCCGGCGAUCGUACUUGCGACCUGUUCUAGCACGGGGUAGAGGGCCUGUCCUAGUCCAAAAUGCUGCCAAGGGGCAUUAUGAAGUCUAUAUAUGUACUCCUUUUGGCAUGCACUACUUGCGCAUCUGUAGAAGUGCAUUAAUCCCAGUAUUUUCACCUUCACCAUGCUAACGUCUUUGGUUGCCCCAACACACUUGAUGAGGCUGGUGUUUCGACCAACCUUCCCUUCAAAGAAUAUGCCCACAACAUGUUUGACAGAAAGACCAAAACAACUUCAAUGGAAACCAAGGCAGCUUGACAAAACUAUUGACACAUUUAGCGGGAAGUUGUCGCAGGGCGGGCUUGUUUUUCAACAGAACUUCUUAAUCAGAUCAUAUGAGCUAGACCCUGAUGGCAAAGUUUCAAUAGUGUCCUUAGUGAAUCAUAUGCAGGAAUCAUCACUUAAUCACUUUGAGCGUUUGGGGCUAACUGCUGAAGGUUUUGGUUUAACAUCAGAGAUGAGUAAAAGGAAUGUGAUAUGGGUGUUAUAUCGGAUGCAGAUUGCGGUGGAACGCCUACCUUCAUGGGCUGAUGUAGUUCAAGUUGAAACUUGGAUAUCUGCAACAGGAAAGCGUGACUGGCUUGUCCGUGAUUACAAGACAGGCGAAACUCUUAUUCGAGCAACCAGCCUGUUUUUUAUGAUGAAUAAGGAAACAAGGAAAUUAUCUUUCGUAAAGGAAGCAUGGGCAGAGAUAGAGCCUCAUGUUUUGAAUUGUGACCCUAUCAUUAACAAGGAUAAGAGAAAACUUCGGCGAUUGGACCUUGAUGCAGCAGAUUAUGUCCGAGUAGGUAUAGCACCUUUAUGGAAUGAUUUGGAUAUGAAUCAGCACGUGAACCAUGUAAAAUACAUCAGCUGGAUUCUUGAGGGUGCUCCACCAUCAGUCUUGGAGAGUCACAAGAUUUCUUCCAUGACUUUAGAGUACCGGAAGGAGUGUGGGAGAGAUAGCAUGGUACAAUCCCUAUCUGCAGUUAACAGAAAUGGUUCGAGUCACUCUACAGAGGAUGAAGGGGUGGAGGUUGAUCACUUGCUUCAACUUGAAGAUGGGUAUGAGAUCCUGAGGGCGAGGACUCUGUGGCUGCCAAAAUAAAGGGUGCUCAGAAUCAAUUUGAUAUAAUAAAAACAACAUAUACAUACACACACAAAAGUUUCCUUUAAUUUAUAGUAACGCACUGAUAUCAUUAUAUAUAU